AUGGGUCGUCCGGCGACUCCCCUUUCUCAAGAGCUGCCACCGCUCAUCCUCGGCACCGCUACGUUUAACCACCAGUAUAACGAAGACCCCUUUGCUCUGCCGACGACGACUAUCGUUCACCGCGCGCUAUCCUCGGGGAUCAGAGCCUUUGAUACUUCACCAUACUAUGGCCCCUCCGAAGAGCUACUCGGCCGUGCUCUAAACACCGACUGUGUCCAGCGAGACUUUCCCCGCCACACAUAUCGUAUACUGACAAAGGUGGGCCGGAUCGCGGGUUCUUCGUUUGACUAUUCUCCCGCGUUUGUUAGGUUCAGUAUCAAUCGAAGCCUGCAGAGAUUUGGGACGAAUUACUUGGAUGUCGUGUACUGCCAUGAUGUGGAAUUUGUCAGCCCUCAAGAGGUAGUCGGCGCUGUGCGGGAACUUCGUCGAAUUCGCGACACUGAGGGGACAGUGCGAUAUAUUGGUAUUUCAGGAUACCCGGUGGAUGUGCUGUGUUCCCUGGCAGAGCUUGUUUUGAAAGAGACUGGCGAACCUCUGGAUGUGGUCAUGUCAUACGCCAAUUAUACGCUGCAAAACACCUCACUCUUGACCCAGGGUUUACAUCGUCUUCGUGCCGCCGGUGUGGAUGUCGUUCCUAAUGCGUCUCUUUUGGGGAUGGGCUUACUACGGAACCAGGGCGUGCCUGUUGGAGCCCACGGCGAAUGGCAUCCCGCGCCUAAUGGGCUGAGAUCUAUUAUUCACAAGGCUAGCGAAUGGGUGAACUCCAGAAACGAAAAGCUUGAGAAAAUCGCCAUCCGCUAUGGACUGGAGUCUUGGGGGCAAAAGGGAUCUUCUGUCGGGGCUUCGGGUCAUCCCCUCGAAUCGGUAGACCCGGCUACAGCCCAUCUCAGCACUGGUCAACGCCUCGGGGUCAGCGUUUUGGGAGUCAGUUCUUUGCAAGAACUAGAGCAGUGUCUACAGAUAUACCGGGAGGUCCUGGAUAGUUCCACGAUUGUCACUGAUGACGAAAACAAGUCAACUCUAUCGCCUCAAUUAGCCGAAUUUGUGUCCAGUAUACGUGCGACUCUUGGCCCUGAAUGGGUUGACUAUGCAUGGCCAAGCCCUGGAGCCGACUUUGUCAAUGUCCUUCCAGAUAGUCAUGCCAGCUUUUUGAAAGAGCAGGUCGGCUAUCUGUCACAGAAUACACACAUCACUGCUGUUGCCGAAAAGGCAGAAAAUGUGACGGUCAAUGUAGACGAGGUCAAGGAGGCACUAACGCCACCUCGCGCGUGA